ACUCAUUUCGACGUAACGAAAGGGGGCGAAGUGAAGCAGAGCAGAGCAUCAGUGCGAGUCCAGCAGAACCUCUCACUGGCUGCCGAGCUGAGUCAGAUUGAGCGGUACCGAAGACGAAGAUACAACACGGUCGUUACGCAGAACUGGGAGGUUGAGGGACAGUUCUGCAAUAAUGACUAAAGAGGAGUUGUCAGAUGUGGAGGAGGCUCAGCCACCCUCUGAGUUCCACAGCCCAGUCCUAGAGAUGAGGAAGAAGCCCAUUGUCCACCCUUCCGCCCCUGCACCUCUCCCUAAGGACUAUGCCUUUACUUUUUUUGACCCCAAUGAUCCUGCCUGCCAGGAGAUCCUUUUUGACCUUCAUACAACCAUACCAGAACUAUUUGCCAUCAUCAGGCAGUGGGUUCCUCAAGUUCAGCACAAGAUAGAUGUGAUUGGAAAUGAGAUAUUAAAGAGAGGGUGCCAUGUAAAUGAUCGUGAUGGGCUGACAGACAUGACCCUUUUGCAUUAUGCCUGCAAGGCUGGAGCACAUGGUGUGGGUGACCCUGCUGCAGCGCUAAGGCUGUCUAGUCAGCUGAUUGGUCUAGGUGCUGAUGUCAGCCUGCGCAGUCGCUGGACCAACAUGAAUGCACUUCACUAUGCAGCCUACUUUGACGUUCCUGAGUUAAUCCGUGUCCUGCUGAAAGCAUCUAAGCCAAGAGUGCUGAAUUCAACCUGUAGUGACUUCCACCAUGGAACGGCCCUGCAUAUUGCUGCCUCCAACCUGUGUCUAGGAGCUGUGAAAUGCCUACUAGAGCAUGGAGCCAAUCCUAUGGUCCGGAACAGCCGAGGGCAGGGACCAGCAGAUGUUGUUCCAGAUCCAAUGGACAUGAGUCUAGACAAAGCAGAAGCGGCCAUGGUGGCCAAGGAACUAAAACAAUUGCUGCUGGAUGCUGUGCCACUGAGCUGCAACCUGCCAAAAGUCACCCUUCCCAACUAUGAUAACAUCCCAGGCAACUUAAUGUUAACGUCCCUGGGUUUAAAGCUGGGUGAUAGGGUAGUGCUUGAUGACAUGAAGACGGGAACUUUGCGAUUCUGUGGAACGACUGAGUUUGCCAGCGGUCAGUGGGUUGGUGUGGAGCUGGAUGAACCAGAGGGAAAGAACGACGGCAGUGUUGGGGGAGUGCGCUAUUUCAUCUGUCCCCCGAAACUAGGAAUUUUUGCUCCAGUUUCCAAAAUUAGCAAGGCUUCUGAUCAGGCACCUUCAUCUGUCACUUCAACCCCAAAGACACCACGCAUGGACUUCUCUCGGGUCACAGGCAAGAACAAAAAAGACAAAAAAGAUAAAGCCCUGCGAAAGAAAUCACUGUCAGUAGGGAGCCUGGACCGUGAGGGGCUAAAGAUUGAAAUUGGAGAUCAAGUCCUUGUGGCAGGGCAGAAGCAGGGAGUUGUUCGGUUUUAUGGAAAGACUGAUUUUGCUCCUGGUUACUGGUUUGGUGUGGAACUGGAUAAACCCACUGGAAAGCAUGACGGCUCUGUGUUUGGUGUGCGCUACUUCAGUUGUCUUCCAAAACAUGGAGUCUUUGCUCCUCCCUCCCGUGUUCAGAGAACUGGUGGACCAAAGGAUUCUCAGAGUGACAGCACACUGGUGAAGAAGGUGCACCAGGUAACCAUGUCACAGCCCAAGCGUAACUUUGCUGCCAUGAGAACUCCCAAAGACAUUACAUCGGAGAACUCAAUAUCCAGGCUGCUCUUCUGCUGUUGGUUCCCCUGGAUGCUGCGGGCUGAGAUGCAGUCCUAACUGCUGUCUGUCUGCUUACUUGCUCCUUGCCACUGGAUCUCCCUCUCGGUGUCUGUGCUUCAUUUCUGCUUUUUCAGAAAAUUGACUUAACUGUUGAAGUGGUGACACUGUAGAAUCCUUUCUUAUCGCCGCCAUCCUGUAGCGAAGCCUAGUGCCUUGUACCUCUCCUAACACCAUGUGACUCUACUGGACCCUUUCCCCUCGUAAAACUUUGUGACAGCAGCGGAAUAUUCUUUUAAUGCCUUGUAACAAUAAUAAUAAUAAUAAUGAACUCCACACCUUCUCUGUUCACCAUGGAUUAAAGGUAGCUGCUUUUAUUGCUCACCCUCCACUCUUCUUCUGUUGGCAUGACAGAUGUAGAGUGUGGCUCUUUCUUUGUCUUUUUUGUCUGGUAGUACUGUCUCAUUUCAAGAAGAACCCUUCACGGUUCUUCUAAACAACUUGAGCAGUGUGGCUGUGUCAUUGCUAAGCUGGGCCAGAGCCAUCCUGAUACCUCCAGGUCUUCUCAUUCACACCCCAUACAUUAUAUUUCCUAAACACUCCUGCAGCUUACCUUUUUACUAUCUGGCUGAAAACUAAUAUUUUUGUGUCUUAUACCAUGAGACCCUUUUCACAUUGUUGCCCUAGAAUGUCUUUACUUAUUUGCAUAGAUUAAUAUUGGAAGUCCACUUUAAAAUAUCUUUACUCGCAACAAGAAUAAAACAGAAUGCAUGACAGUGGCAUUCAAUAUAGAGAAGAGAGAGUGAGAAUGGCAGACUUUUUAUAUGCUGGGUACUGGCAGAGUCUCAUUCUGUUUAGCAGAAUCUACAAAGACCUUUGGUAUUUGCUUGAGUGCUGCUGAAUGCCUUUAUUUCACCUUCUGUGCCGAGUGUUUCCAGACUUCUAUUUGACAUCACAUGUAAGAGCCAUUGCUGACCACAUACCACAAACUGUGGCCAUGCUUAUAGAUUAUUGGCUUAUGUACUGCAUCCAUUAGGUAGUUUUUGCCAUCUCUUACCUCCCCUCUUUCUUUUUAAUAUUUUCGUUAGUGACAACAUUUCAAUAUGUGUUUUUUUUUUUCAAAUUACAGUAAUGAUGUGAUUUAUUAAACUAAAAUAUUCAAUCAGGAGAUUACAGUUAAUAAAACGUAACAUCUAUCCCCCUAUUUUCUGAACCUGUGUUUUCUGUAAUAGCGUUAUGAGGAGACAAAAAUAAAAGUGGUAGCAGUUAGCAGAAGGCAGGAAAUAACCAUGGAUAGGACGCCAGUCAAUCAUUGGGCACGCUUGCCAGCAGUUUCCCACAUUCUGUCUUGUCUUAGAUACAGAAGCCAUAAUGUUGAACUCUGAGAGGCAGUAGUGGAAAACAUGGCACUAGUCUGCCUCCAAAAAGGUAAAACAGACUAAGAUAUACUAUUUGUAGAACUUGUACCUAAUUUAAAUUAACUGAGGGAAUAAAAGAUUAGGAGUGUUAAAAAAUAAGGACAACUAUAAAGUAAAAAGACAUUUUGUUAUCAUUUUAUGAAUAUUACUUCUAAAAACAUUCUGUUUGAAAUUCAGAAUAGUCCACUUCUUAGAUUAUAGAUUUUUAGAUUAUAAAGCUACUUUUAUAAUCUAAAUAUCAUAUUUAGCUAUAUAUCUCGGCAGCUGUUACCUACGUUGUGAUAUAUAUUUAAAAUUUGCUCCGUUUGAACAAAGUAUGAUGCAGAGAACAGGAAAAUAUCAAUGCAAGAUACUCUGGAAAAAUGCCAAAUUCUGCCUCAUUUACUCUCUGUGUUUUAUUAAUAUUAAAUGUAACAUAUAGUUGUUCACAAAUUGAUUGUACACGUGCCUAACAUAAUCUAAAGGAAAUGUUAAUAUUUGUAUAUUUUUGUGGCUUUUAGGAUGAUUUCCUAAAAAUUCAAUUUGAUUCUUUAUAUAGAUGCGGUAUCAACAAAAAUAAAUUAAUAUUCCAUACAUCAGUUAUCAAACCCAAUCAAAUUCAGGGAGCUACAGUCUAUCCCAGAACCACUGGACACAAGGCAGGGUCCAGCCCCAACCCUCACUUGCAAGCCCAUAUCCCCUUCAGAUUCUAACUUGAUGCUGACAGUUUGGCAGUCUUGUGCCUCUGUGUGUCACUCUCAGAGCUGUGUACUGUCUUCCCAUAGAUUUCAAAAUUUUUGCUUUUUCUUCAUUCGUUGUCUCAGCAAGACUAUGACAGCUCCAUUUUCCUUGUUCCCGGUGGUGGUAUUGGGUUGCUCUGUGCUCAGCUUUUCAGACAAAUGCACAGCCAGUUUUCUUUUUCUAAAACAAGAUCCAGCAGCCUCUUUCCCCAUUUGGUCCUUAAACUGUAAAUAUUUGCUUUCUUUACUAAUGUAUUCAUUUAUAUAUUUAUUUGGUUUAUAUGUGCAUGUUGUUUUCUCUUUUGAAUUCUGCUUGUCGCAGUGUUCUUAUAAGAGCUGCUUCUGGACCAGAUCUCAUAGACAGGUGGUGAUAAAAGUGGCAGUUGAAGCUUGCCAUGGCACAUACCAUUCAAUAGUAGCUGCUGAAAGUGUGUUGGAACAAAGUAAGCUGACUAAUUUUUAUUUAAGAAAGAGUGUCUGGUAAUGAUCUAACCAAGCUGUGUUUUGCUCAUCUGUCUCUGGUCUGGCAGCACAGCUCUCUUUGUUAUUUUUUUUUACCUCUUUGUGAAUGUGGACUGCAGGUGUACUAGUUGGUUGUGAAUUUAUUCCUCAGUCCAUUACUGACCAGUGCAUGCUAUGUAAUUAAUUUCUUAUAAUGGAUUUUAGCAUGAUUGUGAUCCAGCUCCUUCCACUGUUCUUAAUAAAUGUGGUGUGCGUUUUAUAAAA